ACCACAGAACCAGGAAACAAUUGCAAUUGAUAGCUGCUGUUAAGCUGUCUUCAUCUCAAAUGAGAUUUUGAAUGCAAACACAAAACGGAUGAUGGCUGAAGGCAGGCUUUAUGUGAGCCAUGAAGAGUUAAGCUGUUCAAUCUGUCUAGACCUACUGAACGAUCCGGUGACCAUCCCUUGUGGACACAACUACUGCAUGAACUGUAUUAGACACCACUGGGAUCAAGCUGCUAAUAGGGGAGUUUACAACUGUCCUCAGUGCAGACAGAACUUCCAUCCAAGACCCGUUUUAGGGAGGAAUGUGAUAGUUGCUGAAAUGGUGGAGAGAUUCAAGAGGACACAGACCACUCAUGUUUCUCAAACUGAAGCUGGACCUGGAGAUGUGCAGUGUGACGUCUGUCCCGGCAGAAAAUAUAAAGCCAUCAAGGCCUGUUUGUUGUGUCUGAACUCUCUCUGUCAAAUUCACUUCCAACAACAUGAGGAUGUUUUCGAAGGCGCGAGACACUAUUUGAUAGAUGCUACCGAUCAGCUCCGGGACAUGAUCUGUCCAAUACACAAUGAGCUUUUGGAGAUUUUUUGUCGUACUGACCAGAUGAGUAUUUGUAUACAAUGUAAGAGGGGUAUUCACAGAAACCAUGAUGUGUCAACAGGAGCAGACAGACUGAAUCAGAGUUCUUCAACUCUCUCUGCGCCUCCUGAAACAACGGUCAGCUUUGAGUUUGGUGCUCGUUCUUCUGCUGCUAGAAAAACAUUUUCUAAGAGACUAAAGAAAAAAAUGGAUGAUUUCCUUAAUUCUGAGGUGACAGUUGUAUCUGGCUCAAUAAAGCGCUACAAAAGUCCAACUGAUGGGCCCAGGAACCGGAAUGAGAUCCUGCAAUACUCACACCAACUCUCAAUGGACUCAAACACUGUGAAUGGAAUAAUCCAGCUGUCUGGAGGGAACAGAGUGGCCACUAACAAUGGCACAGUCCAGCGAUAUCCUGAUCAUCCAGAGAGAUUUGACUGCUGGCCUCAGGUCUUGUGUAAAGAGAGUGUGUGUGGACGUGCAUAUUGGGAGGUCGAGUGGAGUGGGAGUGCUGGUGUUGGUUUAUCACUGUCUUAUAACACUAUUGGCAGAAAGGGAAGGGGUGAUGACUGCAAAUUUGGAUGUAGUGAUCAGUCUAUGAAUUUGUACUGCUCUCCUACCAAAUACGCAUUAUGGGACAAAAACAAAAAGACUAAAAUCAGCGUAAACACUUCUAAAAUAAAGUCCUCUCGAUUAGGAGUGUAUGUGGAUUACAGCGCAGGAAUUGUGUCCUUCUUCAGCAUCUCUGACAAAAUGAGACUUAUCUACAUAUUCCCCACUACGUUCACCCAACCUAUCUAUGCUGGCUUUAGGGUUUAUUUCGGAUCAGCAGUAAAACUCUGUGAACCAGCGGUAAACUGUAGAUGACGAAGUGGUACUGUAUUUCACUAAAUCAAUCCAUGAAACAUCAGUAUCAACAUUAAAAUUACCGAAUAAUGCUUCAAAGUGGUUUUAACAAAAAACAGCAGUCAAAAAGACAAUGGUGUUUACAAACUAAUUACAUUUAAAUUUUGAUCAAUAUUGAAAAGAAUUUACUUAUUGGUACAGCACUACAGCAAUAGUUUUACAACAUGUUCAAAUUUAAGAAAUAGACACUUACAUAUGCACAAACAGACAUUUAUGCCCUCUUAUGAACACUAUUUUAUCAUGUACAUACUGUAGUAUGUUCCAGAUGGUUAUAAGUUUUCAUUUCAGUUAUGAUGCUGUCUGAGUGAGACAGUGCCUUAUUUUUACAGUAAUUGUUUAUAUAAUAUUACAUAUAGCCCAUUUCUACUGAGUGGUAUGGUACACUACGGUACGCUGUUAUGGCCGUUUCCACUGUCAAAAAAUACCAAAAAGCGAACUGAACUGUACCAUUUUUUGAUUUCCCUUUCGAAAGGGUACCUAGCACAACAAAAAAGGUACCGAGACAUGCAGCUAAAUUACAGAGAUACAUCACUAGCUCGUGCACAAGUCAGGAGAAUGAAAACAAAGGAACCGCUAUUUUUAAAUACACAGCAAAUACAUUACACCGUAAUAAUAUAUACAUAUAAUAAUAAGCCAUGGUUGACCCAAGCUCAAACAAACCUUGUCAUCAUCUUGAUGAACCGUGUUGUUUGUGUUGUUUUUGAACCCAAAUAAGAACUAAAUGUAUGCUGUAUUUUUUUGUGAGAAGUGCUUCUCAUAUGAUAUGUGAACGACCCAUACAGCUUUACUUUGGCAUUUCCUUGAGAGAGAAUGACAUCUACUGAAACUUUCUGUCAUACACCACGGCCACCAAUGGUUUUGGCAGUGAAAACCUGAUGAAGGUAACUGGACUGGAGCAACCUUGCAUAUUUUAAAAAGUCUAAUAGAAAAAGUUCACUGAUAAACAUUAUUCUGUGGUGAAGUGAAUACUACAGAAAAAAAUAUAUUUAGUUCAGGCCAAAAUAAACCUAAAACUCUAUAUUAUUACUCAAUUCAAAGUUGUAGAAAAUGAAGCUUGCAGCUUGCAAGUAUAAUUUACUUGUAACUGUUUUGUUUACAAUGAGUCUGUGGAGAAAUAUAAAAAAUAAAACAAGUAAAACCUACUCAAAUUUCGCUACACUUGUGUCCCAUCAUAAAUAUUUCCCAGCUUUCGGUUGUCACUGUUCCAUUAUCUCUGUUGUGUAGUACUUAUUUUAUCAAACUGAAGCAAUUUAUCUACUAUGUACUUAAAUGUUUUAAAUAAAGCGUGCACUUUAAACCACGGUUUCAUUUAGUGCUACAUUGUCUGACUAAAACUACCAACAAAGAGAGAGUAAGAUGUACUUGAAGCAGAAUAUAUAAUAUAUAUAUAAACUGUAUAUGUGUGUACUCUAACAAAAUGUUUAAAACAGGAAAACUGAAUUAAUUUAAUAUAUGGUAUGUACUUAAAAACCAACAAUUUCAAUGGAAAAAUAAAGCCUUUUUCUAUACGUUUUUCUAA